GGCUGCAGGCAGAGGACUGGCGGGAGCGUGCUCGAGAUGGCGUCUGCCGACGGCGUGGUCGACGAAGCUGUUCCGGCUACGCGGCGCAGCAGCGGGAGCAAAGGAGCCGCCCUGAACGGCCUUGUCGGCCGCUUGCCGCUCACGCCGUCGCUUUCCCCACGGAAAAGAACCACCAGCCAGUCGAAAACGGAGCCGCCGCUGCUUUGGACCAGCAAGCGCACCAUCUACACGGCUGGGCGGCCGCCAUGGUACAACGAGACGGGCACUCCUUUCAAAGAAGCCUUUGUCAUUGGCUUGUGUGGUGGCAGUGCAUCUGGCAAGACUACAGUGGCCAACAAAAUCAUUGAAGCACUAGAUGUGCCUUGGGUGGUGCUCCUCUCCAUGGAUAGCUUCUACAAGGUGCUGAACAAAGAACAGCAAGAGCAAGCUGCUUGUAAUGAAUACAACUUUGACCAUCCUGAUGCCUUUGAUUUUGACCUGCUCAUCAGUGUCGUACGAAAGCUGAAAGAGGGCAAGAGCGUUAAAGUUCCUGUUUACGAUUUUACCACACAUAGCCGAAGCAAGGAGUGGAAAACUAUCUAUGGGGCCAAUGUAGUUAUAUUUGAAGGUAUCCUGUCAUUUGCCAAUAAGGAGCUUCUACAGCUCUUGGACAUGAAGGUUUUUGUGGACACAGACUCAGAUAUACGGCUCGUGCGGCGGUUGAAGCGGGACAUCAUGGAACGUGGGCGGGACGUGGGAGGUGUCAUCAAGCAGUACAGCAAGUUUGUGAAGCCAGCCUUUGAGCAGUACAUUGAGCCUACAAUGCAGGCGGCAGACAUUGUGGUGCCUCGAGGUGGAGAGAACUUUGUGGCUCUGGACUUGAUUGUUCAGCAUGUUCAUAGCCAAUUGGAAAAGAGGAAGCUACGCUGGCAUAUAGCAGCCUUGGCCUCUGCUCAUCAGGGACAACCAUUGCCAACAACCUUAAGUGUCUUGGAGAGCACACCGCAGGUUCGGGGGAUGCAUACUAUUAUCAGGAACAAAGACACCAGCAGGGAUGAAUUCAUAUUCUAUUCCAAGCGUCUCAUGCGGCUGCUGAUUGAAUACGCCCUUUCCUUUCUACCCCUCAAGCCAGUUACUGUAGAGACACCACAGGGGACAAUUUAUGAUGGAAAGAGAUUUCACAGGCAGCGGAUCACUGGAAUCUCUAUCCUGAGAGCAGGGGAGACCAUGGAGCAGGCUCUUACAGCUGUCUGCAAAGAUAUUCGCCUGGGAAAGAUUCUCAUCCAAACCAACCAUGACACGGGGGAACCUGAGCUGCAUUAUCUCAGGCUGCCCAAAGAGAUCAGUGAAGACUACGUCAUCCUGAUGGAUAGCACUGUCUCUACAGGAGCUGCUGCCAUGAUGGCUAUUCGGGUGCUGCUGGACCACGAUGUACAAGAGGAUCGGAUCUUCUUACUGUCCCUGCUGAUGGCAGAGAUGGGAGUCCAUUCUGUGGCUUAUGCUUUUCCCCGUGUGCAUAUCAUCACCACAGCUGUGGACAAGAGAGUCAAUGAGGAAUUCCAUAUCAUCCCUGGCAUUGGGAACUUUGGAGACCGUUAUUUUGGCACAGAUGGCACCAUGCCCUGGUAUGAGAAUGACGACAUGGAUUGCUGACCUGAUUCUGCUGGACAAGGCUUUAUUUCUUGACUUGACUACAGGCAUGAUGCUAUUGCCCUGGUCCUUUCUUUUCAUAAUUACAAGCUCUCCUAGAGUGCUCUGCAGUGGUGCAAUUUUGUUAGCACUUACUGCUAUAAUACACCAACUGGAAUGGAAACAUUGCUGCUGCUGCUGCUACCUUCCCAUUCACAGUCUCCUUCAUAUUUAUUGGUAUUUAUUAGGGCAUUUACUCCACUGUAAUACUGCUUCCCAUCUUUUCUUUUCUUUUAAACGCAAUACUUUUAUUAUAAAAUAAUAUAAAGAAUAUCAUCAACGUGACUGCAUUGUGGGCAGCAGCAUCAUGGGCGCAAGGGGGAGGCUUCCAAGGCGUCUGGCUCCAUUCUUCCUUCAGGGACCUUCCUCUUGGAUUUGACUUCACGACGCUCCAUGAAAGGAUCUCUUUUGGUCACAUGGUUGCUUUCACCCAGCUUCAAUGUGUAGCUUCAUCAGCAUCUUGUUCCCCUAUUAAGGAUGCUGUAAAAAAUGUAUCCCUGCAAAUCCAUUGGAUUUUUCACUGUGCCCUUUUAUAUGUGUUUCCUCACUGGCUGAUGUGCAAUGCAAGCAGGCUUCUGCACGUUCAUCGGGUUCCUCUCUAAAAUAAUUUCAUGCUGACUUAUUCAGGAUCCUGUGAUCUCGUCAGCUGUGUGUAAAUUGCACUUGUCCUCCCUAAUUUAUGACUGCACAAGCAUUUGGGACCAUAGUGUUACUAUAAGGGACCUGAUGCUAGAGGCAAGUGCUCUACACCCAAAGUCUAUACUACUAUUAGUGAAAGCCAGAGCUACAUUUGCCUUCCAAACUAAAAGUAGCUAUUGGCCUCACAUUAGGCCCCCAACCUACAUUCCCUUAUCCUGAUCUGUUUUUCAGUACUGUACACGUCUGACUUAUUUUUUUUAAUGCCAAAAUAAAAGAUUGACAGUGCUA